AUGUCAACUACUAAUUACAGUCAGGAGGAAAGUAUGGAAAUUCUUCUGAAUGGUUUCCCUGGACUUCAUGAAUUGCACCACUGGAUAUGGAUUCCAUUUUUCAUUUUGUUUUUAGUGGCAUCUGUCGGCAAUCUAACAGUUCUGUUAGUUAUAGUAAGAGAACAAAGUCUUCAUGAACCUAUGUAUUACUUCAUUUCUAUGUUAUCAUCAGUCAAUCUUUUUACUGAUAUUAUCCUUCUGCCUCAGGCAUUAGUAGUACUGUGGUUUGGCCCUUACUCUAUAAACUUUGAUGCUUGCUUUGUGCAAAUGUUUUGCAUUUACUUCACUGCAGGAAUGGAAUCAACUGUGUUAGUAUUAAUGGCUUAUGACCGCUACAUUGCUGUGUGUAAACCCUUGAGAUAUUCGUCUUUAGUUACAAAUGUAUUUGUAUUCAAAGGAUGCUUUCUUGCUGCAGUAAGGAGUUUCUGUGUAGUACUGCCUAUACCUAUACUUGCUAGGAUGUUACCAUACUGUAGUACAACAAUCGUUAAUAAUGUUUAUUGUGAGUAUUUUGCAGUCAUCAGUGCAGUUUGUGUUCAAGCUAUCACAAGUGUUAGUUACUUUUUCAUCUUACUUGCCCUGGUAGGAAUACCUGAUGCAUCAAUAAUUGGACUUUCUUACUAUAUGAUUGUCAGAACUGCAUUAAAACUGAAAUCAAGGGAAGCUAGGUGGAAAAUAUUUAGUACCUGUAGCUCCCAUGCCUUAGUGAUUAUCUCUUUUUAUCUUUUAGGCUUGCUUUCCAUAAUUUUAGGCCUUGUUGAAGAUAGGAUACCUGGAUACAUACGUGUUUUGUGUUCAGCAUUGUUUAUCACUGUCCCACCAACAUUAAAUCCUCUGAUAUAUGGCAUAAGAACAAAAGAUAUAUGGACAGUGAUAGUAAAACUAUUUAAAAAUAAUUUAACAUAUUUUUAG